AUGCCUGCCAUUCUCGAGAACUCGGUUGCGACAGAGGUGCCUGGCCCUCUGUCCAAGGCUGCUUCUAAGCAGCUCGAUGCUUUCUUCGAUGCUCGCGCUAUUCAUUUUGUAGUGGAUUAUGAAAAGAGUUCAGGGAACUACAUCGUGGAUGUGGAUGGCAAUCGCUACCUGGACGUGUAUGCGCAGAUCGCAUCCAUCCCCGUGGGAUACAACAAUGCGGCUCUCGUGGCCGCAGCCAAGUCGCCCGAGAUGAUCUCUGCGUUGGUCAACCGUCCGGCCAUUGGCAAUUUCCCCUCUAGCAACUGGGCGGAGCUGCUGAAGCAGGGUCUCUUCAGGGCGGCGCCUGCGGGACUUGACAACAUAUUCACAGCACAGUCGGGGUCCGAGGCCAACGAACUCGCCUACAAGGCGUGUUUCAUGCUAUACCGCCGCAAAGAGCGCGGCGAGGGCGUUGAAUGGACAGCAGAGGAGACCAGCUCGUGCCUCAACAAUGCGAAGCCUGGAUCGCCCGAUCUCGCCAUCAUGAGCUUUGCCAACUCCUUCCACGGUCGGGGCUUCGGCAGCCUUUCCACCACACGCUCCAAGGCGGUGCACAAGCUCGACGUGCCGUCGUUCAACUGGCCGCAGGCGCCCUUCCCGGUGCGCAAGUACCCGCUUGAGGCUCACGUCGAGGAGAAUGCGGCCGAGGAGCAGAGGUGCCUACGUGAGGUCGAGAGGCUCAUCACGUCAUGGCACUGCCCCGUGGCUGGCUUGAUCACGGAGCCGAUCCAGAGCGAGGGUGGCGACAACCACGCUUCGCCCGCCUUCUUCCAAGGGCUCCGCGACAUCACCAAGAAGCACGGCGUCGUCAUGAUUGUGGACGAGGUACAAACUGGUUUCGGCGCGACGGGCAGGUUCUGGGGCCAUGAGCACUGGAACUUGACUUCGCCGCCGGAUAUUGUGACCUUCUCCAAGAAGGCCCAGACGGCCGGGUACUUCUUCGGCGACCGCAUGUUGGUGCCGGACAAGGCCUACCGUCAGUUCAACACGUGGAUGGGUGACCCGGCCCGUGUCAUCAUGUGCAAGGCUGUCAUCGAGGAGAUUCUCGACAACAAGCUGGUCGAGCAAUGCGCACGCGUGGGCGACCUUCUCUACGCCGAGAUCAGUAAACUCGCAGAGAGAUAUCCUGAGCAGGUCCAGAAUCUUCGAGGCAAGGGACAAGGCACGUUUAUCGCAUUUGACACACCUCAACCUGCGGAGCUGGUGCGUGCGAUGAAGCAGAUUGGUGUCAACAUUGGUACCUGCGGUGUGAGGACGGUCAGGUUGCGACCGAUGCUGGUGUUCGAGGAGGCGCACGUGUCGACGCUGAUCUCGGCAUUCGACAUGGUGUUGAGCACGUUGUAG